AUGGGUCGUCGGAAGAUCCCCAUCGAGAUCAUCGACAAAAAAACUGCGAGAGACAUCUGCUUCUCCAAGCGACGGAAGGGUCUCUUCUCCGAAGCAAAGAAGCUUGUUCGUGCAGGCAGUGGAAUCGCCAUCCUCAUCUUCUCCAAAGUUGGUAACGUAUUCAGUUUCAGCCAUCCUACCAUACAAUCUAUUGCCGAUCGCUUCCUUAGCGUAGAAAACAGCAAAGAUGGAUCAUCGGAUAAUGAUAAGUUUCAUGGCAACGCUGACAUCGUGGCUCGGGGGUCGGACGCUGCAAGUGGAGGUCUUACCAGGUCUUCUGGAGAAGGUGAAUCGUCAACUAAAGGCGAUGAAUUAGAUGGCGGCGAUGCCAUCAGGCAGGAAAGACGGAUCAUCUGA